AUAUCAAGCCUGUGUGAAGGAGGCAGGCUGUGCACAGUGAAGUGUUUUGGACAUGCAUGUUGUGGUGGAAGUCCAAGGAUGUCCUACAAAGUGAACUACUCUCCUCUCAUGCGUGCAGGCACACCACCACCUGAGCCAUGCCAUAAAGUGUGUGACGUAUCAGCCGUAGCUCAUAGUCCCAGUAUUAAAGGGCAAACCCUGCUCAGUCAGCCAGAAAGUUCAGUGUUGACAGGGUUGGAUCCACUUGAUGAGGCGAUUACAGAUCUGAAAACAGCUUGUAGACGGGACGGCGCAGAGGAAACCUCGGGGAUGGAGAGGCUCCUGAGGAAGUGUCAGAUCAGAAACCAGCUGGUCAGGGAGUGCAUGGCUGAAUGCCUCGGCGUCUACAUCCUGAUUCUGUUUGGAUGUGGCGCCGUCGCCCAGGUGACCACAACCCAAGAUAAGAAAGGCCAGUACCUGUCAAUCAAUCUGGGCUUUGCUCUGGGAGUGACGUUUGGGGUCUGUGUGUCUCGUGGAGUGUCGGGUGCUCAUCUGAACCCCGCUGUCACACUCAGCUUGUGCUUUUUGGGCAGACAUCCUUGGAUGAAGCUGCCUUUCUAUGUCUUCUUCCAAGUCCUUGGAGCCUUUCUGGCUGCAGCCACCGUGGGCCUGCAAUACUAUGAUGCCAUCCGGUCGUACGGUGGAGGUGAGCUGACAGUGACGGGUCCCACAGCCACAGCGGGCAUUUUCUCCACCUAUCCAGCUGACUACCUCAGUCUGUGGGGAGGCGUCAUGGACCAGGUGAUCGGCACAGCAGCCCUGCUGGUGUGUGUCUUGGCUCUCGGGGACCGACAGAACAGCCCGUGCCCUCCGGGUCUGGAGCCGGUUCUGGUGGGAGCAGCGGUGCUGGUCAUUGGCAUCUCCAUGGGGUCCAACAGCGGCUACGCCCUCAACCCAGCCAGGGAUUUUGGACCUCGCCUGUUCACAUAUGUUGCUGGCUGGGGAGCGGAUGUUUUCAGGGCUGGAGGUGGCUGGUGGUGGGUGCCCUUAGUGGCCACCUGUGUUGGGGCGUUGCUGGGAACACUGGUCUACGAGCUGCUGGUUGAAGUGCACCAUCCACAGCCUCCCUCUGAGCUGCAAACCCUGGCUCACGAGGCCACGGAAUGCAAGACGGGGCUGGAGCUGGACGAGGUGGAGCCCGACUCUGACAAACCCAGGAAUGAUCUCAACGGGAUCAAGUUAUAAAAACAGAAAAGCUCCCAAGGUUCAACAUAGCACGACAUUCAUUAUUAUGAUAAUGUCUUCAACUAUGAACUAUAUUCCCUGGGGAUUAUAUAAAUGUAAUUUAUGAUGUAAAAUAUGCAUUAAAACUGUCUGUAUAAAUGUUUCUCAGUCCAAGGUGAAA